UGAUAACUUUUCAUUACAUUGAUACCAACAGAGAUCAGCAUGAUUGAGAUGAAGCCUGAUGACACAAACUGCAGUUAUGACAAUCUUUUUUGUUUUGGGAGUCUUUCCAAAAGGUCUAACAGCUGUGAUACAAACACAGCAGUCUGUGAUGGCAGCAGUAGGAGAAGAUGUCCAUCUCAGCUGUCAGCUCAUGCAGUCUAGAGAUGUUGUUCAGGUCACGUGGCAGAAACUUUCACCUGAGGGGAAGAAGAAGAAUCUUGGCAGCUACAACAAAUACUUUGGACAAACAGUGAAUCCUGGUUUUCAGGGGAAAGUGGAGUUUAAAGAUGCUGGACUGCAGAACUGCUCCAUAGUUAUCAGGAAGGUGAUGGAGCAGGAUGAAGGCUGCUAUCUCUGUUUGUUUAACACGUAUCCUGAUGGUUCUCUGACAGGCACAACCUGCCUCCAACUCUAUGGUCUAACAGCUGUGAUACAAACACAGCAGACUGUGAUGGCAGCAGUAGGAGAAGAUGUCCAUCUCAGCUGUCAGCUCAUGCAGUCUAGAGAUGUUCCUCAGGUCACAUGGCAGAAACUUUCACCUGAGGGGAAGAAGAAGAAUCUUGGCAGCUACAACAAAUACUUUGGACAAACAGUGAAUGCUGGUUUUCAGGGGAAAGUGGAGUUUAAAGAUGCUGGACUGCAGAACUGCUCCAUAGUUAUCAGGAAGGUGAUGGAGCAGGAUGAAGGCUGCUAUCUCUGUUUGUUUAACACGUAUCCUGAUGGUUCUCUGACAGGCACAACCUGCCUCCAACUCUAUGGUCUAACAGCUGUGAUACAAACACAGCAGACUGUGAUGGCAGCAGUAGGAGAAGAUGUCCAUCUCAGCUGUCAGCUCAUGCAGUCUAGAGAUGUUCAUCAGGUCACAUGGCAGAAACUUUCACCUGAGGGGGAGAACGAGAAUCUUGGCAGCUGCAACAAAUACUUUGGACAAACAGUGAAUGCUGGUUUUCAGGGGAAAGUGGAGUUUGAAGAUGCUGGACUGCAGAACUGCUCCAUAGUUAUCAGGAAGGUGAUGGAGCAGGAUGAAGGCUGCUAUCUCUGUUUGUUUAACACGUAUCCUGAUGGUUCUCUGACAGGCAGAACCUGCCUCCAACUCUAUGAGCUGCAUGAACCCAUUCUACAAAUCAGAGAAUCAAACUCUACUGAAGAGACAGUUGUGUCCUGCUCGGCCACAGGUCGUCCUGCUCCCACAGUAACUCUGAAUGUCCCACAACAAGACCUCUACUUCUCUCACAACAGCACAGUCAGUGUCACCAACACCAACGCUACAGUCACCGUCACCACUACAGCUGUGCUGUCUGGUUUCCAUGGAAACGACACACAGGUUGGAUGUGCAGCACGACUGCUCUCAGUCCCUGAAAUUCAGGUGUUUAAGACGAUUCCUGCGGUGAAACAAUCAUCUGCUGAUGGUGAGAAACACUUCCAAAACCACAGAUUUAUAGAUAGAUUAUCACUUUAUGAUUCUGAUAUUUGUUUUUCUUUCUUCAGAUUUUAA